AUGCAUAAGCUGGGCGUUGUACAUGGCGACCUGAAAGCGCCCAACGUCCUGGUCACAGAGGAAGGCAUAGCUAAACUUUGCGAUUUCGGACAUUCGCGUUUCGUGGAUACCGUACCCUCUUAUACAGAACCGACCGAUUCGUCUUCCACAUUUCAAGCAACCACAAGGAGGCUAAACGAUCCACAAUCUGGGGCUUUUUUUUUUUUCUUUAAGAUUCUCAGUAAACUCCGCCCGUAUCAUGUCAUAGCCAGCGAGCAUCGGGUUUCUGUGGCUAUAAUACAGGGGAGAACACCGAGUACACGUCCAGAGCCCCCUUACGCGGCUGGCUGUCUUAACGAUAGUCUCUGGGCCGUGGUCAAAGCUUGUUGGAGCAUAGACUACCGAAACCGUCCGACGGCUGCGCUUUUACUAGAGCGAAUCAAGGGGAUGAUUCGACAAGGAUUGAUAUCGACCAAUGCUGCGACGCCACUCCGCCCGACCACUGAUAUCGCAUCAGCAAAUGUGGAGUGGCCAGAGAGCUUGGAGGAUUACUCGGGAAAUAUAUGGAUAUACCGCAUCCAAGGAGAUUCGGCUCCGACUUUUCUUCAAACGGACGAACGCAGGAGAUUCGAUAUGGUAAAAACUGAUGAUCGUUUAAAGAGAUUUGUGGUCAAAGUUCCACGUUUACCCGGUGGGCUCUCUACCACCUCGCCUGAAGAUGAUCAAUUCCGUCAGUUCCUUCGUAUCGCAGCGAAAGAACGAUUCGAACUAGACCACGAGAACUUGGUUGAUUUAAUUGGGCUUGAUAAGAGCUACGGGAGAUACCCUGGUAUUGUUCUAGAGUAUUGCCCCUACGGAGAUCUAACCCAUUUCCAUAUGAACGGGACCACCAACGAUACUCCUGAGUUAUUGGUGGAUAAUCCCGAAGCCAGUCCUGAGUCCGAUAUGUGGUCGUUUGGAUGUGUGGCGUUCUGGAUUUACACAGAUUUACACCCAUAUCCAAACCUGAAAAAGGAAUAUGAUAUCGUAAGAGCAAUCGAAAGUGGAACGCUCCCAAAUGAUAUGGACAGCAUUCGAAAUAUCGAAGCUCUUGGUUCUCAUCUUAAGACCGGAGCGGACUCACCUUGGAUAACCAACGGUACCCUUUCUCAUAUCCUUCGUUGCUGGGACUCCCAAGCCAAGGCCAGGCCCUCGGCCAAGGAUAUCAUCAAACAUUUGGAUCUAUUGCCAAAUACAGGCGUAGUGAGAUGGAGGCCACCUUCGGGCGUGCCGGAUCUUACCGGGCCGUUCAAACUCCGGGGGUACCAACACACAGACAACCCCGUAAAGGCUCAGGUGUUGAAUGCUCCCCCUUUGGCAUCCCACCCCACAAGAUGGGACGCACCCGAACUCUUUCAAGACGUAUCUGAUUCUCGUGCGCCGUUUCCAACCCGCUAUACCGAUCUGUGGUCAUUUGGAUCAUUGAUUAUGUUUAUUUAUUCUUGUAAACUUCCUUAUGCUCAGAGUGAACUCCCUGGAGCAAUCGCUCGCCUCGUAAGCGGUGAAAAGCCCUACGCGGAGGACGACUGCGCCUAUGAAAUUAGGAGUCUGGCUAGUUCAUUAUGGGAGGACAUUCCAUAUCAAAGAUCCUCGGCUUCCAAAGUUCUGGAAAUGAUUGAGGUCUUAUAA